AAAAUUGAUCGAUAAAUCUCCAACUUGAGCUUUGUGAUAAGAUACGAGUUUCUGGGAAACUGAAUAGUUUGAAAUCAUACCAAAGUACUUAAAUCAUGUCAAACAGCCAAAAAAAGUUGUUCACCUGUUGAAGCAAAGUACAUAUUAAACCGGACAACGUUCAAGUUCAUGUAUAAUCAGAACUCUGCCUACUUGCGUAAUUCCUCCGAAAUGGAGUGGUGGAGGGAAACAGUUUCGGAAACUUACAAACCUAAAUACGAGAACGUAAUAAUGGACGACGUACAAAAACCUCCACGACCACCUCCACCAAUUUUUAGAGCACAGAAGCCAAUGCAAGCAUUACCAUUAGUACCGUCUAAACCGGCUGUGAGACAUAAUUCCGAGCUACCAAGAAAACCACCGGUACCGAAAAAACCAGAGUCGCUAUCAAACAGAAUAUCGGGAAGCAAAAUUCCACCCGAAGUACCAAACAAACCUCGCACCCCUCAAAAUAUACCUCCAAAACCUUUAUGCAAUUCUGCUCCUUCAACAAAUCCACCAGUUGAACCUGCUGUGCGUCCAACAUUGAAAGAAAAUUGCAGAAAGGAGCAACAUAACUCGCAUCAAAGUAAUCAUAACAUACAUUUCGGAUUCGGGGGCAUUAGAACGGUUCUCGCCAAACUAGCAUACACUCCAGAAAAAGCGCCACCACAAAAGAAGCCGGUCUCCGACGACGAUUCCGACACUGACCUAAACAACAAUAAUUAUCCGAAAUUGUCUCCCUCCGGCGAAAAAUGUCUAAUUUGUCGUGAUUUUAGCUCAAUCGACGCCCAUGCAGCCACUUUCCCUCGCUCCCAGGUUCGCCUGCUUCGCGACCUAGCUGAAUACCUAACUCUACCCUUUUUCAAAAGAAUUGACAAAGCUCGUGCAAUUUUUAUCUGGCUUCAUCACAACAUUAGUUAUGACACAGAAAGUUUUUUCUCAGGCAACAUAAAACGAAAAUCACCUGAAGAAACUAUAGUCACCGGCCUCGCCGUAUGUCAAGGGUACGCCGAACUAUUUCAGACUCUUGGAGAACUAUCUGGCCUCCAGGUCAAGGUGAUCAGUGGGGACGCAAAAGGAUACGGGUAUAAAGAGUUACCAGAGGGAAGUCCAAUUCCCAAACAUGAAUCGAACCAUGCGUGGAAUGCGGUCAAAUUGGAUAGUGGGCGAUGGCAUUUAGUCGAUCCAUGUUGGGGUGCUGGUCAUUUAGAUAAAUCCAACCAGUACGUUAAAUGUUUAAACACGAAAUAUUUCACGGCAACGGCGGAAAUUUUUAGAAGAAAUCACUUUCCCACGAAUAAGAAAUACCAGUUUUGUCCACAGGUCAUGUCGUGGGAAGAGUAUAGCACAAUGCGCAAUGCUCUGCAAGUUCUUCCUGUAACUAUGGCGAAAACUGGUCUGUCCGGUGACACGAUUCGGCCCCCAUUAGAGCACAUUAAUGCCAAUUGCGCCACCCAGUUCCUCGUUACUGCUGCCUGCGAACAUUCUCCAAUUCGUUCCAGAAAUCAAUAUGUUCUUAUCCUAAGUGUGGAUGGGGUUUUUACACCGUUUAAGGAACAAACCAAAGGUUUGGUGUGGACCUGCGAGCAUUCGGGAUUAAGAAAAGGAAGCAACGUAAUAUUGUGCUAUGUGGAUACUCUUAACCAUAUGGAUGCGAAGGGUGUUGGGGUGCAGGCUUAUUUAAAUUCUACUAAACCAAUGUCGUGGAAACCCUAUACUUUUGGAGCGAUUUGUAACUGGACUGUUGUUUGAGAUUAAUGGUGGAUUGAUGACAUCAAAAUACAGAUAUAUAUACCGUUACACAUUUAAAAUACAUUUCUAUUUUCAAUUUCACAUAUUUAGCAUGUGGUAAUAGAUAUUAACUCCAAAACAUUGGCGAAAAAACUGUCAGCAUUACUUUUAUGAAAAACAAUUUGUACAUGAGAAUAAGUGGUCGAGUAAUACUAAUUCUUGGAGCAAUUAAGAUAUGAAUUUAUUAUUUUUAAAUGAUAUUAAUAGAAGUCCGAUAGUUGUAUGGGACAUAAAUAUAUGCAUGCAUAAUAGUUAACGGAGAGAUUAAAAAUAAGCGUGCGUGCGUACUCAUCACAAAUGGAGAGCGUCACUUCUGUUCACACAAUUAAGACGGAUUUAUUCACAAUACAAAUUUGUAAUUAUUCAAGUGUAUUUCAGUGAAAAUUUGUUAUCAAACACCAGAUUUUUAUUGUAAUGAUAAUUAGGACCCAAUGCAAUUUUAUGUAACUAAUAAAAAAUCCUGGUCGAAAAACG